AUUUGGUUUUGUGCGUGUUAAUUGGAUACUUAAAACCACAUCAACAUGAACACUGUACCAUUCAUGCCCUACAAUGCCGCCUUCUACCCCGUAUCUUCCAAUUACUUCCCAGCCAGCCAUGUGGACAUCGACGCUCCAAUCGAUUUAAGUGUUAAAAAAACUUGCACACCGUUCGCGUUCCCACCAACCCAACUGCCCUACAUCGAGCCAUCAGAAUCCUCCGUUUGCCUCAGCCCGAAAUCAGUGUCCGACUCCGACGGAUCGGAAUACUCGGAAUCAUCCACCGGUGUGUCUUCAGUGGACGUGAAACUUGGUGGACCGAAAGCAGUGAGGCCCUUCAAGGCAUUUCCGAAAGAUCCGCUAAGUCUCAGCUUGGGAACAUCGUUGCCCACACUAUGCGACUACAACUCGGACGAGGCUUACGAAGAAUUCAGGGAGAAGAUGCUGGCCAGGGUGCGCACCAACACGGGAACCAACAAGAACAUGAGAAGGAACUCGCAAAGUCAGACGGCGCAAAGCGAAGACCCCAACUACCGGGAGAAAAGGAGGAAGAACAACGAAGCGGCGAAGAGAUCGAGGGACGCGAGGAAAGCUAAAGAAGACGAGAUCGCGGUCAGAUGCGCCUUUCUGGAACAAGAGAACAUCAAACUGAAGAUGCAGAUAAGCUCUGUCGAACAGGAGAACGCCAGGAUGAGGAUGAUGUGCAGUGUCAAUAAGUAAAUCUUUUGGCUACCUCCUCCAUUCUUUUUUGUACUAUCGAGAGCUUUAUUUUUACGUAAACUUGGAAAUCUGUGUUUGGCGGCUCAACUGUGGAUUUUCGUAUUGGUUUAUCACUUUUCUGGUCAAUUAGGUUUAAUGAAUUCAUAUAUUGUAUAUAAGUAUUUAUUUUAUGUAUAGAAUAGUUUUAAGAGAUGUCAUGUGUAACUGUAUUUUGUAUAGAAAUAUAAUUUAUAAAAU